ACUGAAUCUCUGAGUGGUCGGUCGCGCUGUCUCUCGUCCCAGCAGCAGUCAAGCCCAAGCCCAAACCCAAUCCCAGUCCCAGCGAAAGUGUUCCAAGGCAAAGUGUUAAUAUACGGAGUGCGAAAUGCGUUACCUGGCAUUGAGUGCGCUCUUUGUGUGCCUGGCCCUCGCCGGGCACUGCCAAAUCGCAGCAGGCUACAAGAGCGAGAUCGAGAUCACGCCAGCCCCGCUGGACGUGGUUGAGGCUACAACAAAGAAGUCCAGCUGGUUCGGCGGCUUCAAGAAGUUCUUCGGCAGCAGCGGCGAUCCGUCCGCUACGGAGGCCACCACCAGCACCACGUCAACGACUACCACCGCCAGGCCAAGCUCUGUGGCUGCCACUCCCGCGGCCGCCCAGAAGCCCCCGCCGCUGGUAAUCUCUCAUGCCCCGCUGAUGCCCUUGGGCCCACGGCCUGAUACCCCCAGCUCCUCCCCUUUCGGAGCUGCAAACGCUCCCCAGUGGCCCUCAGACGGAGUGGGUGUCGGUAGUCGCACCUCCAGCACUAAGCCGCCCCAUCAACCACCCCAGGGACGUCCCCAGGAAGCAGGCGGGGUACCCAAUUUGCCCCCUGGAUUCGCCCCCUACCGCCCCCAGAAGCCGCAGCCGAACAGCUACGAUUUGAGCUACGGCGGUGGUGGCGGUGCAGGCAGUGCAGGAGGUGCGGCCGGACGUCCGGGCCUGGAUCCACUGGCAAGCUUCGGGGGAACAACCUCCACCCAGCGACCAAAGACGCCCAAUGUCCAGCCCGGAUCCGGAACAUCGACAGCCAAGCCACAGCUGAAGGAGGAUUUCCCGGCGCUGCCCGGUCCCCGCCGCCCAUCCGUGAAAGAAGAAUAUCCGCCUCUGCCCGCGGUCCAGUCCCCUUCGGUACCUUCCUCUCCCAAUGCUCUUCCCACUCCCACACCCACUCCGUCUCCGACUCCGACUCCUUCAUCGCCCUCCGCCUGGGGACGGCCUCUGCCCACGCCCGUGCACCCACUGGACCCCGUGCAUCCGGCCAAACCCUCGACCAAUCCGACGCCCGCCAAUGGAGUGUCCUUUGUGCCGCAUACAGGGGGAACGGGAGGACAAAGCAGUGCAGGGGGAGCUGCCACGACCACAGUUCGGCCGGGCUUCCAUUCGUCCGGCAACUCGGUGGCCAGCGACGAUGAGAUCCGCCAGCUGACAGAGCAGCUGUACACUAAAGAGAGCAACAGCCAGAUCAGCCUGGUCCAGGUGAACCUGCAAGGGCGAACGCGCUCCAUCGACAGUGCCGACGAGGCCCCCAAUCCACUCCUCCAGGUGGACGCCAAGGCCUUCGAGUCCCCGACCAUUGCCAAGAUGAAAUUGCUCUUCAAUAACUACGAGCACGACACACUGGUCAACGAGCACGUGACGGCCAACGAGCGGAAGGAGGAGAACGACUUCCUGGACGCAGUGAUGGCCACAUCGGUGAUGCGGCAUGCGAUGCAGUUCCUGCAGCAGAAGGGCCUGGUUACGCCCGACCCCAAGACGCACCGCGACCUGGUCAAGGAGCUGUGGUUCACUCAGUACUCGCGCGGUCAGGGCAAGAUCGGCAGCUCCGGCUUCGAGCACGUCUUCGUCUACGAGGUCAAGAACGGAACCAUCAUAGGCUUCCACAACUGGGUGUACAUCAGCGAGGAGGAGCAGGCGGGUCGCCUCGACUACAAGGGUUACAUGAAGGAGCAGGACAUUGGCACGAAAGGAAAGGUGCUGAAGAUCCGCUUCGCCCACCAAGGACAGAACAAGCCCGUGAACACCGUCUUCGUGGGCACCUCGCCGGAGCUGGAGCUGGCCCUGUACACGGUCUGUUUUCAACUGCGUCCCGACCGCACCUGCCCCGUCUCCCUGGGCAACAGCAAGUUCGGCAUCGUCACCUACUCCUGGCGCUACCGAGGGAAGAACCUGAUUGGCAGCGCAUACCCCGAGAUCUAAACAGUUGAACAGUCUAUUCCUGUAGUCCUAUAUAAACUAUUUUUUUUUGACGCUGUAAUAAAUAAAGAAAAGUGCACGAAUA